AUGGUUUGCACUGUAGGUAGACAUGUCGCGUGCUUAGCCUCGGCCCCGUCCAGGAGCCAUUUCUCCACCUCGAUCGCUAGGAGCAAAGAGAAAGACAACGACUUUUUUGAUCAAAAGAUCGAACCUUUAUCCGAGGACGAAGUGAAGGCCAAUCUCGAAGAGCAAAAGAAGGCUCGAGAACUUCCCGACGAAGUCGGUGAGGCCAAGAGUUCCUCUUCUGACCCAUCGUCCGGCGCAAAGGACCUUCCCGGAGAUGCAGCCGACGGCAAGGGAAGCAGUGCUGCCGGCGGUGCUUCCUCCGGUUCUGGAAGCGAUGGUUCAGGAGAUGGAGGACGAAAAGGCCGCAAGUCAGCCACCGACAAGGCACUUCAAAAGCCCGUGGUCCCUGAAGUAUACCCACAAGUUAUGGCCAUACCAAUCGCGAAGCGACCCUUGUUCCCUGGCUUCUACAAGGCCAUCACGAUCAAGGAUCCCCAAGUGUCAGCAGCCAUCAUGGAGUCGAUCAAGAGGGGACAGCCAUACAUAGGCGCAUUCUUGUUCAAGGAUGAAAAUGCCGAUGAAGACAUCAUUCGGAAUCCUGAGGACGUCUACGACACGGGUGUGUUUGCGCAAAUUACGAGUGCGUUCCCAGUCCAUGGCGAGACAACAAGCCUUACUGCCAUCCUCUACCCCCACCGACGCAUCAAGCUCUCUACCCUAAUUCCACCUGGAGCCCAACCCCAAGAUGCCGACAAAACCGAGUCUGGCCCCGAGUCCAUCCCAGAGCCCGAGCCAAUUCCCGUCAAGACGGACGAAGAAGCGCCGCGAGAGAAGAAGGGCGACGUGGUAGCAAGUUUCGAGGAGGCCGCCGUCGCGCCCAAGUCCGAUGCACAAACAGAAAAGUACGAGCCCACUUCAUUUUUACGCAAGUACAAGGUCAGCUUGGUCAACGUCGAUAACCUCGCCGAGGAACCAUUCGACCCGAAGAGCUCCGUUAUUAAAGCGGUAACAAAUGAAAUUGUCAACGUAUUCAAAGAGGUUGCUACCAUGAAUAGCCUUUUCCGCGACCAGAUCUCAACCUUCAGUAUGAGUUCCUCGACAGGAAAUGUCGCCGCAGAGCCCGCAAAACUGGCAGAUUUUGCGGCCGCUGUUUCGGCAGGAGAGCCUGCAGAGUUACAGGAGGUGCUUGCAAGUCUGAAUGUCGAGGAAAGGAUGCAGAAAGCUCUCGUUGUUCUCAAGAAGGAGCUCAUGAAUGCACAACUUCAAUCCAAGAUCACCAAAGACGUUGAGCAAAAAAUCACAAAGCGGCAACGUGAAUACUGGCUCAUGGAACAGAUGAAGGGUAUACGCCGCGAGCUCGGAAUCGAAUCCGAUGGCAAGGACAAGCUGGUUGAGAAGUUCAAGGAGAAGGCCAACAAGUUGGCAAUGCCCGAGGCUGUACGCAAGGUCUUUGAUGACGAGAUUAACAAACUUGCUCACUUGGAACCGGCUGCAUCAGAAUUCAACGUCACAAGGAAUUAUCUUGACUGGCUCACACAAAUCCCCUGGGGUCAAAGGAGCGCUGAAAACUUUGGCAUCAAGAACGCCAUGACGGUUCUGGACGAGGACCAUUAUGGUCUCAAGGACGUCAAGGAUAGAAUCCUCGAGUUUAUUGCGGUUGGCAAGCUUCGAGGCACUGUAGAAGGCAAGAUUUUGUGCUUCGUUGGACCUCCUGGCGUUGGCAAAACUAGUAUUGGCAAGUCGAUAGCAAGAGCUCUCAACCGCCAGUACUAUCGCUUUAGUGUCGGUGGUCUUACAGAUGUCGCGGAAAUCAAAGGUCACCGAAGAACAUAUGUUGGUGCACUACCCGGACGAGUCAUCCAAGCGCUGAAGAAAUGCCAAACCGAGAACCCCCUGAUUCUUAUUGAUGAGAUUGACAAGAUCGGCCGAGGUUAUCAAGGAGACCCUUCUUCCGCAUUGCUUGAACUUCUGGAUCCGGAGCAGAAUGGCUCCUUCUUAGAUCACUACAUGGAUGUACCUGUGGAUUUGUCCAAGGUUCUGUUUGUGUGCACAGCCAACAUGACUGACACCAUCCCAAGGCCGCUCCUCGAUCGCAUGGAGGUUAUCAGAUUGUCUGGAUACGUUUCCGACGAGAAGAAGGCGAUCGCCGACCGAUAUCUUGCUCCAGCUGCGAAGGAGUUGGCUGGUUUGAAAGAGGCCAAUGUAAACCUCUCAGACGAUGCCAUCGAUGAGUUGAUCAAAUCGUACUGCCGUGAAUCUGGUGUCCGUAAUCUGAAGAAGCAGAUCGAGAAGGUCUUCCGAAAGUCUGCUUUGAAGAUUGUUCAGGAUUUGGGUGAAGAGGUGCUCCCUGAAUCAGAAGCCCUAACCGCUGAUGGCAAAGCAGCCCUGGAAGAAUCCACCAAGGAGAAAGAGAAGGACAACAAGGAGGCAGUGUCAUCCGAAGCAACUGAGCAGGAGACCACGGAGAAGCCAAGAGUGGCUCUCAAGGUACCUGACUCUGUUGAGGUCACUAUCGACAAGGAUAAUCUCAAAGACUACGUCGGUCCUCCUGUCUUCACAUCUGAUCGGCUCUACGACGUUACCCCGCCUGGUGUGACUAUGGGCCUUGCGUGGACGCAAAUGGGAGGCUCGGCCAUGUACAUCGAAUCGAUAUUACAAUCUGCCUUGAGACCCAGCAGCCGACCGGGUCUUGAGAUCACCGGAAACCUCAAAUCGGUCAUGAAAGAAUCGUCGACCAUCGCAUACUCCUUCGCCAAAGCAUUCAUGGCUAAACAAUUCACUGACAACCACUAUUUUGACAAGGCCAAGAUCCACUUGCAUGUUCCCGAGGGUGCCGUACAGAAGGAUGGUCCUUCUGCUGGUAUCACGAUGGCGACAUCUCUAUUAUCAUUGGCACUAGAGACGCCUGUCAACCCUACUGUAGCAAUGACUGGCGAACUGACCCUUACUGGCAAAGUUUUGCGGAUAGGCGGCUUGCGAGAGAAGGCAGUGGCGGCACGCAGGGCAGGUUGCAAGCUGAUCAUAUUCCCGGAGGACAACAUAUCCGACUGGUUGGAACUUCCUGAGAAUAUUAAAGAGGGCCUUGAAGGCAGGCCAGCUCGCUGGUACAGCGAAGUUUUCGACCUUGUCUUCCCUAACGUAGACAGAGAGGUAGCAAACAAGUGCAAGAUUUGCGAAUGGAAGAAGGAGCAUGGAGACAAGGACAAGGAUAAGAGCGAUCGCGACGAAUAG